AUGCUUGUGACAAUCAAAACUUUCACUUUUCGAUCCUUUAAAAAUGGAGGCUUCUUCAAAGUAAAAGGAACCUACUUACCAGCACACGAGACUGUCAAUGACCCGUCACAACCUCCAGAGGAAAUCAGCUUACAGAAAUUUACAAUCAAUCAUAAAGCCACAACUGAUUCUUUUGCCACUCUUCUUGCUCAUGCUGAAAACCAAUGUCCAGUCGAUGUUAUUCUCGUCUCAGACGCAAAGCAAACCGCCUGGGAGAAAGAGAAGAACAUCCCUCCAUCCUUUGCAUUCAAAUUCAACGAUGAAUUGUUCCAGAAAAAGAACGAGUGA